GUUUGUCCUCCUUAUACUCUGCUGUUGCUCAAAGCAUAAGUCAAUAGCUCGUUGCACAUCACCGGUUGUGCUCUCACCGGUAGUCACGCGCUAGGAAGUGGCCGCGGGAGGUCUCGGAAACAUCUUUGUUGCUGGUGAUAAUAGGCAAAAAUGCGGCCCCAGCUUCUCCGCUUCCUUCAGCGCGCCCCCGCAGGCCUAAGCCAGGAGGGCAUGCAAGCCCUGCGCGCUGGCCUGACCUCGGCUGAGGCUUCCGGCCUGCUGCAGUCGACCUCCAGCAACCGCAAUGAGGUGCCGCUGCCCAAGGGCCUGGGCUUCUCCAAGAUGGCGAUGCCUCUCAGCCUCCAGGGCCACCUCAUGAGCACCCUGGCCAGUGCCAACGGCGAGGACAAGAAGGAGUCCGCCACUGCCUCCCUCGCGCGCGAGGUGCCCAAGGUGCCCACCGCCCUCGCGGCCCUGCCGCCCCGCUCUGCUCGUUCCAUGGCCACCGCUGCCCACGGCCACGAGAUGUCCGCCAAGGAGACCUACAUGGAGCACACCGCCAAGCGCCACCCCUUCCACGUGCUGCCCCCCAGCCCGUGGCCUCUGCUGGCCGGCUGGGGCACCCUGGUGCUCGGCCUAGGCGCGGCCUCUUACUCUCACGGCCUGCCCGGCGGCGGCUGGGUGCUGGCCUGCGCCCUGGGCAACCUGACCUGGACUGCCACGACCUGGUGGCGCGACUGCGUGAUUGAGGGCGACAUGGGCAUGCACUCCGAGCUCGUGCGCAAGAACAUGCUGAAGGGCAUGUGGGUCUUCAUUGCCAACGAGGCCGUGCUCUUCACCAGCUUCCUGUGGGCCUGCAUCGACCUCGGCAUGUCCCCCAACACGGACCUGCAGUGCCAGUGGCCCCCGGUCGGCAUUGAGCCCAUUGGCUGGGACAAGCGUGCCCUGGUCAUGUCGGCUGUGCUGGCUGCCUCAUACUACAGCGCCAACGUUGCCAUGGUCGCCAAGGAGCCCAAGACCGUGAUCACCGCUCUGGCUACCACCGUUGGCCUGGGCGCGAUGUUCUUGUUCGACCAGUACCUGGAGUACAACGAGACUCCCUUCACUAUCUCCGACUCUCCCUACGGCUCGACCUUCUUCGUGACCACCGGCUUCCACGGCCUGCACGUGCUCAUCGGCUCCAUCUACCUGGCCGCCACCCUGGGCAUGUACAUGCGGACGCACACCAAGGGUGCCGCCCUGACCAGCUCCAUUCUGUACUGGCACUUCGUCGACAUCGUGUGGAUUGCCGUGUACGGCAUCAUCUACGUUGGCCAGUUCUAAGCGGCCAAUACGGAGAGCAGCGCCAGGUGGAGGCUAAUCCAGACGCGUCGGGUGCUGCGGGGGUUUUCAACUGUCGGUUUGUCUUUGUACGACCGAGCAGCCUCUGCUGCCCGUGAUCUUCCUCUUUUUCCAUGUAUUCUGCGUGAUCCCACAUGAUUUUUAGGUUAUGUGCGCUGGUUUACUGCAGCUUCCGGACCGAGGGAGUAGGGUUGCCCCACUGGCUAGCCCCAAACCGAGUACGCUGGCUUCUCGCGUUGUCUCCUCUGCCGUUUCGGCAGGAGGCUUCGUCUACAGGGCUGCAGCUUUGUUGGCUUUAGCGAACGCGUGCGUGCGAGCCAGGUGCAUUGGGUGGUGGCGGGCGCUGAGGGUGCGGCCGGGUGUGCUGCAACUGCGCAUCCAGGCUUGGCGCCAUGGCUUGACAACUUGAGUUUGUGAGAACCGCAGCGGGUUCUGUUAUUUAUGUGUGAUAGGCUUAUUUAGGUUAGACAUAUUUCCUCCUCCCAAGUGAGCUGGUAUGUGAUCAGAAGAGCGACAUUACAUGGUUUUCUGCAGCAUCCAGCGGAGAGGAUGUACACUUUCGUGAUGUGUGGCGGUUCGAACUGGGUGGACGACGACAGGGAUAGGGGCCAUGCUGCGGAGUGAACUGAUGCAAUGGUGGUGUUCCAUGUUGUACAUGUAAUAUUGAGCUACAAA